ACAGAGAAAGAGAAAGGGAGGAGAGAUAACACACCAGGGAGGGAGGAAAGGGUGUAGGAUUGUGAAUUCCCUUGGGGUUCAACAGUAGUCAGACUCACCUCACCACUACAUAGGAACAUAUAUAUAUAUUUUUUUCUUCUCAGAUUAAUGAAAAAUAAGAAUGUAUUUGUCCUAACAUUGGAAUAUGGUGAGCCUAUCUUCUUCAUCUUCUAAUGCGAUGGAGGUCCUGGUGACGGAGCUCAACUUUCUGCUGGAGCUGCUGGACCAUGAGACUCUGAGCUCUCCUACUGAGGAGAAGAAGACGUCUGUUAGGAACCUGCUGAAACAACUAGAGCCAAUAGUGACAGGACCGGACUACUUGUACAUGAACACGUCAGUCUACAGAAACGGCACCAGCUUUGUGGAAUCCCUCUUCGAGACCUUUGACUGUGACCUGGGGGAGCUGAAAGACAUGACAGAGGACCAGAAACAGAAGCACACUGUUGACACACACACAGACACACACACAGAUACACACGUUGACACACACGUUGACACACACAGAGACGACACAUCACCCUCAAAACAGAGCAGUUCAGACUCCUCUCCCCCCCGCUCAUCAGAGACCCCUCCGCCCCUGCCCACAAACCCCCCUCCUGAGGCUUACUAUGAAGAGGCAGUACCUCUCAGCCCUGGCAAGCAGCCAGAGUACAUCACCACCCGCGGUAGCUCCAGCCCUCCUAACUCCAUAGAGGACGGUUACUAUGAGGAUGCAGAGAACAACUCCCCUCCUACCUGCAUCAACGGACGACAACGCAAAAACUCCUACAAUGACUCUGAUGCCCUGAGUAGUUCCUAUGAGUCCUAUGAGGAGGAUGAAGAGGAAAAGGGAUCAGGGCCAGGGUCCACACUGACCCACCAGUGGCCUAGUGAUGAGAGCUCCAUGCUCCCUGCCAGGGACUGUAGGAUCUGUGCCUUCCUGCUGCGAAAGAAACGCUUCGGACAGUGGGCCAAGCAACUGACUGUCAUACGGGAUAACAGGCUACAGUGCUAUAAGAGCUCUAAGGACGUGUCCCCGUAUGUUGACCUGCCCCUGCCCCAGUGCACUGUGACCUACGCCCCUAAAGACGAACGCAGGAAGAGACAUGAGCUGAGGUUCACUCCACCCAGCGGAGAGGCUCUGGUCCUUGCUGUGCAGAGCAGGGAGCAGGCACACAGGUGGCUCAGAGUGGUCCGUAAAGUGAGUCAGGGAAAAGGACCAGAAGAGUCCACUUCUCCCAUGAUGCCCAGAAAGACUGCGCUUGACAAGCGGCUGUCUGGUGACAGGACUAUGGCAGACUCAGACAGUGUGGGAGUGACUACAGGAGAGAACAACAGGGACAACAGAGAGAAUGGUAAGGUGAAGUGGGGGGCUCUAGCGGCAGGACGUAAGAUAACACGUAUCAUCAGUUUCUCCAAGAGGAAGCACCCCCUACCUGGCAACGCAUGCACCCCCUCCCCAGACACAGACCCUCGACGAGGCUACCUGUCUGUGUUGGUGAGCCAGGUAUGGAGGGAUCAGUGGUGUUGUGUGCAUGGGGGUUCUCUCCACUUCCACCCUGAUAGAGGAGAUCCCCGGCCCUCCCUGGCUCCUCUACCCCUCCAUAGAUGUGAGGUGUUCCCAGGACUGGGCCCCAAACACCCCUUCACCCUCAGGAUACUGAAGGGAGGCACAGAGGUGGCUGUAUUGGAGGCGUGUAGUUCUGAGGAGUUGGGGCGAUGGCUGGGUGUUCUGAUGGCAGAGACAGGUACAGCCACAGAUCCAGAGUCACUACACUACGACUAUGUUGAUGUGGAAACCAUCGCUAACAUCCGAGAUGCCGCACGCCACUCUUUCCUGUGGGCCACAUCUUCUAGUAGCACUUCCUCUGACUCCAGGACGUACGACGAGGUUCCUUGUGAGGGAGAGCAGCCUGAGGAGGUUGGUGGACUGAAGCGGAGGUCCAGUUUCUCCAGUAAAUACUCUGGUAGGACCAAACCUGGUCUGGCCCUGAAAUACACGGGCUCCAACACCAAUCAAUAUGGCCUCUAUGGGAAAACACGAGCGGAGGAGGACACUAAACACUACUUGAGAAAGAAAGAAGAGCUGGAGAGAGAGAAGGAUGGGAUACGGAACAAUCUGCUGACACUGAGACAAGAGAGGAGAGAGGUGAAGGAGAAGUUGAAGACUGCUACAGAGGAGCAGAGGGGCUCCCUAAGUGAGCAUGUGUCCCAGCUAGACGAGGCUUUCCGUGGGAAGGAGAGUGAGAGGGUGGACCUGGAGCUCCGGCUCACCCAGGUUAAAGACAACCUGAACAAGAGUCUAGCAGGAGGUGGUCUGGGGGCACCUGGAGAGAGCAAACCUUCCAGCAAGGUCUAUAGCAGUCCCUACUACUCUGAGUCUAUACCGGUCAGCUGUGUCUCUGAGGCCCUUAAGAAACCUCCUGUCUACUCCUCGUCUAAAGGAACAGUCAUGCAGAAAGCCAAGGAAUGGGAGUCGAGGAAAUGCACUUAGGGCAUAAGGAUGUUAAAGCAAGAUUGGAGAAUUUUGGAGAAAUGUCAGAGAGAGGAUGUGUCGUUCAGAUUGUUGUAGAGAUAUGGACGAAAUGGACAGGUAUUGAGGGAAUUGAGCCAGUGUACAGAAAGAAUAUUAAAUUACCUUGAUAAACGACAGAGAAAGGGACAAUGAGAGAUUUAAGAAUGUCCCAUAGAACAGGAAUGGAAGACAAUUGACAUGGAAAAAAACACAAUGAUUUACUGUAUGUGAUGUGCUUUAAAGGGAUAAUUCUGUAUUUUGGCAAUUAAGCCCUUUCCUAGCUUCAUGCUACUGUAACUUAUCCUGUAGACAUCAAGUCAUUGCACUAAAGCUAGUUAACAAUGGCUCCAGAACCUACCUUCAACUUCCUUCAAACUACACACAGAGACAUAAAAAUGGUAUACAUGAGUUCAACUGACUCUGGGUUAUUCGAAAAAAGGGCUUAACCUUUUACUGAAGGGGGCUAAAUCAGGGUCACACAGAGUGUUUCUCGGUAGUCUUAAACAAAUCUACUUUGAAACAAAAGUAUACACCUCAAACACAUGGUUAUGGGCUUAAAAAAAGAAGAGAUCUGUACCAUGCCAGAUAUAGAGUUCAAAUGUAUUCAAUUUUGAGUCUGCAUCCCAGUAUUACACUUUAUAUACAUCACAGAAGACCGAAAUAUAACGAAACUGUUUGACAUAGAAACAAUGGAUUUUUUAAAAUCAUCUUUAUUUGUGAUUAACGAAAAAAUCGCAGCACCAGGCACCCCCAAACAUCUUCCCAUGGCUAUGCCUUCUCACCUCUAUCUGUACAGACAGAAAUCAUAACUGUUUUGUAUAUAGGAUUAUUUUUACACUGCACAAUGGUCCUUUUCCACUUUAUAAACAAUACAUUGACUAACCAAAUGGUGCUAAUAAUAUACAGAACUGUAAAUAUUAUCUGAACAAUGUACACUAGGUGCCAAUACUUAUUUACAGGAAUUAACACCGCUGAUCAUUUAAAAAAACAUUUAUAAAACUCAUAAAAUACAUUCAUGUAUUUUAACACAAGCAGACCCUAAUUUGUGAUUGAUGUUUGCACUUUACUGAUUUAUUUCCUACUACUUGGAGAUGGUUUAUGGGUUGUAAUAAAUAAAUAAAUACAUGUUCUCAGAGGACCAACA